AUGUCUUCCGACGAUAAACUCGCGGAAGCUUCGAAGAGUUCCAAUGAAACUCUUCAUGAAAUGCCAUCGAUUGAAUGGAUGGUCCUACAUCAUCUAUUCAUUAUCGUCUUCACUCUAUUCGGAAAUAUUUUACUAAUUUUUGUAAUUUUCAAAAACAAUCAAAUGGUUCGACGGAAACGCGUGACUCCUGUACAGAUUUUGAUGUUGCACAUGUGUGCGGCGGAUAUCUUGUUUGCUGUCAUCACCAUGAUUCCUACUAUGAUCAUGACCAUAACUGUUCCAUUUUUUUUCGGACCGAAUUUUCUUUGUAAACUCACCAAGCUGUUACAGGUGUUUCCGAUGUAUGCCAGUUCCUUCCUUCUUGUUGCAAUCAGUGCUGAUCGAUAUCAGGCGAUUUGUCGUCCCUUGGCCUCAAUGCGGUCAGCUUACAACCGUCCUUCGAUGUAUGCAGUAUUGGCUUGGUCGGCUGCUUUCAUUUUCUCAACUCCACAACUAUCGCUGUUUCAAAAGAAAAAUGGUGAUUGCAUGGGAGCAUAUACCAGUCCCAUACAGUAUACCAUAUAUGUGAUUGUCUUCAAUGUUCUGGUGUGGUUACUACCUUCGGCAAUUGCUGGUUUUUUAUAUUAUCAAGUUUGCAAAGCUGUAUGGCAGAGCACAAGCUUCACAUCAAACCUGCGAUCAGAAACUCCGCAAAGAACUUCAUCAACGGAGGAGCGAAGUUUAGAGCUCUCUCCAUCACAACAACUAUAUUCACAACAGAAAGGCGGAAUUUUGCAAUGUCUUGAGCUGGAUAGACGCCGUGUUCAGACAGUCAAGUUAACAUUGACCAUCGUAGCGGCUAAUUUCCUUCUAUGGACUCCUUUCUGUUUGAUAUCGAUAAUCGACGCAGUCUGGCCAUAUGCCAUUAGUAUGUUGUCAAUAUGGAAAUUUGAAAAUGGUUUCCUUUUCCGAUCCGACAUUUGCGACGUACAUAAUGUUUUUCGGGAAUCUGAACAGUUGUAUGAAUCCAUGGAUAUGGUUCUAUUUCAAUCAACCGCAAAUGCGUAG